GUGCUCUCUGCAAGGUGUCUUCCAGAUGUGAACCUAAAGUGGCCCAUGUGCUAAAUGCUGACUAUGACCCAAAUAUUGCGAAACUGAUUCGAGCCACCUUUGGCACGUUUCGUGUAAAUGCGGCUUAUUUGCAAAUGGAGUGAUGGCCCGGUCCUGUUUGCCAGAUCUUGGGCAAAACCAUUUUGCAAUGCAGGGCAGAUAUUGUGGGCUCGUGGUUGAACUUGCACCCUCUCUCCUCCAGUUGCUGUAUUUGGUGUCGGUCCCUGAACGCAUCACUCCGGUGGUUCUCCCCAGCAGCAGCGGUGUGUCAGCCCGGCCCAGCAGCGUCUGUCAGCGGACUACGAGUGAGCGAUGCCGGUCGAUUUGAGCCAGUGGAGCGGUUCUCUUGCUCUGCAGGAGGUGGAGGAGAAGCCAGCCCGGCCCCUGACGGUGAAAUACGGAUCCGUGGAGAUCGACGAGCUCGGCAAAGUGCUCACACCGACACAGGUGCAGAACCGACCCACGUGCAUCGAGUGGGAGGGAUGUGACCCGGGUAAGAUGUUCACUCUGGCCCUGACCGACCCCGACGCCCCCAGCAGGAAGGAGCCCAAGUUCCGGGAGUGGCAUCACUUCCUGGUGGUCAACAUGAAGGGGAACGACGUGUCCUCUGGCUGCGUCAUGUCCGACUACGUGGGCUCUGGACCUCCCAAAGGCACCGGUCUCCACAGAUACGUGUGGCUGGUGUACGAGCAGCCCGGCAGCAUCUCCUGCUCCGAGCCCGUUCUCACCAACUGCUCCGGAGACGGCCGCGGAAAGUUCAAGCUCCAGAGCUUCAGGCAGAAAUACAACCUGGGAGCUCCGGUGGCGGGAACCUGUUACCAGGCGGAGUGGGACGACUACGUCCCCAAACUGUACGAGCAGCUGGCUGGAAAAUAAGAGAAUAACAAACACUCAAUCUGCACUAGGAGUUCCUGUGGAGGAGGACAGUCUCUAGGAAAUUCCCGUUCUCACAAGUGGCAAAAAAACAAACAACAUUAACAGUAUUUUUUUUUUCCCGUUAGUGCCACUGAAUAUUUUCUUUUCCCACUGUUGCCUUCCCACGCUGUGACAGAAAUAACUCCUCUGUGAUGUCACCUACUCGUCUGUAAUAAACCUGUUCAGCACUGAAGAGA